AUGUCACACCGUGGUGAGACCCUUCACAAGGAUGUGUGCUGCAUCGCAGACCUUAAGGAGGCCGGAGGCAAGAACCUCAACAAAAUGUAUCGAGACUACUAUGAUGGAGGUGCAAUGGACUUGAUCACUCUCAACGACAACGAGAAAGCCUACGAUCGCUACAAAAUCCGUCCACGAAUCUUGGUCAACGUCGAGAAAGUCGAUACGAGCACAGAGUUCCUUGGCAGCAAGGUAUCCCUGCCCUUCAGUUUCGGUCCAGCUGCCUCCCACAAACUCGCACAUCCCGAUGGAGAGCUCGCGACUUCUCGGGCCGCGGCUAAAUAUAACAUGGGUAUGGGUCUGUCAUCGUAUGCGACCUGCUCCUUGGAGGAUGUCAAGGCGCAAGGCCUUGAAAAUCCCUACUUCAUGCAGAUGUGCGUGUUGAAGGACCGGGGAGUUACAAUUCAAUUGUUGGAUCGCGCCGAAAAGUCGGGAUACAAGGCCCUGUUCUUGUCCGUCGAUGUGCCCGUCCUGGGAAAACGGUUGAACGAAUAUCGCAAUGAGUUCCGCAUUCCAGAGGACAUGACCUACCCGAAUAUUCUCAGCAGUGGAGCUGAUACAUCCGACCGCACAGAUUACGAUCCUACCCUUGACUGGGAGACAGCGAUCUCGUGGCUCAGGUCACACACCCGCCUUCCCAUCUGGAUCAAAGGAGUGUGUUCGCCUGAAGACGUCGAACUUGCAAUCCAGUACGGUGUGGAUGGAAUUGUGAUCUCCAACCACGGUGGCCGACAAUUGGACGGCGUCCCAUCCACCCUUGACGCGCUCAGAAUAUGCGCCCCUGUCGCUCAGGGACGCAUCCCAAUCACAAUCGACGGUGGUAUCCGCCGUGGAUCGGACAUUUUCAAGGCGAUCGCUUUAGGCGCUAGCCAUUGCUUCCUGGGUCGAAUCCCCAUCUGGGGUCUAGCAUACAACGGUCAAGAAGGCGUCGAACUGGCAAUUAAAAUCCUUCGCCAAGAGUUGAAGAUUACUAUGGCGCUGGCUGGAUGCAACACAAUCAGCGAUAUCCAAAAAUGUUAUCUUUCCGUCCUGCAACCUGACGGCAUCCUUGCCAAGCUGUGA